AUGUCUGACCAGGCGGACGCACCUGACGUUGCCGCUGUUGACCCCCUACUAGUACAGGGUUGGCCCAAGGAACCUCCGCUUUUACUCUCCCUAGAGGGCAUAGCAAAUGAGGUGGGUAGCCAUACCCAGCUUAUAUAGAGAUCGAACAAGAUGGCCACUGAUCGCUUGCAAAUAUAUAGGGCACAUCUCUCUCUUCUAGCUAGCCAUAUACUAUAGACGACAUUGAUAACUUCCCUAAGACCUUUCCCCUAACGGGUCCGGCAACUCCUAUCACCCUAGUCUUUACCAGCGAGGGCGAGAGAUGUCCGGAUGCAUGUUACGCCGCGGUCCACGGGAUAUACAAUAAGCUAAUCUCUAUGCUCAGCCAGCACGGCUCCAUAGGUCUCGACCAAUAUAUGGCCGUUCUCGACUUGGCUUCGGUGUACGCCCGUAAGUAUCUCGCCUACGGCCUUUACGAUACGGGUUACACGCGUCUUAUAACGCUUGCCCCACUGUACUGGCGCCAGCUGAACCUCCUGUACGACAUUUGCUCUAACCCGUCACUAUACCUUUCGGACGAUAUACGCGUGAGUUUAGGGAGUUAUCGGCCGCCGAAUAGGGAGCUGGACGUGGCCGUCAAGCGCGUCAUGCUGCUUGGCGUGGCUAAGACGGUGCGCGAGCGGGUGGAAGAGAUACAGGAGAGGGUGGAGGGGUUUGAGGACCGGAUUGCGAGGGGAUCGUUGGAGCUUGCUGAGGCGGGGAGGUUGAACUUGCAGUGGUUGCUUGGGGUCAUCUGGAAUCUGACGAGGAGGUUGGAUACCAUCAAAGCGGUCCUAGAGAAGGAGGAUUGGGGACUGAUUGCUGAGGCUAUGCCUACGAGAUAAGAUGCGCAUGGAGUUUAAGUUCGCUGGUUCCCAGGAGGUACAGUCACUUCCCUUCCCUAAUGAAGCAGCAGUGCAAUCCUGGCGAGGAAACCGAACUGCCCUGUA